UAACUCAUUUAAUAAAAUUCAUCUUUAGACAGUUAACGGGGUGACGUCAUAUUUUAUACACACACACUCCUGGAUGAGCGCUGCUCGCUCAGCUCUGACGCCACGUGUAAACAUGUGUGCUGCGUCGUCCUCACGCUUUCAGGUUGAAUCUAAAAUCAUGUGCGAUUAUUCAUCGUGUAUUUACACAUCUGACGGAGGACGAUGAUGACGUAACGGCUGCAUGACUCGUAACAUGGAACCCCUUUGUGUCCAGUCCUCCAGAGGGGCGCUUGUUUCGCAGCAUGUCGGUGCCGGUGCGGUGCCUGUCGUUCCGGCAGCCGUACGCCGGCCUGGUUCUCAACGGGGUGAAGACGGUGGAGAGCCGGUGGAGGCCCCUGCUGGCCCCCCUGGAGAGCCAGACCCUGGGGGUCCACGUCGCCUGGCAGGACUGGGAGGAGGAGGCCUGGAGGGCGGUGCUGAGCGGGCCUCUGGGGAUGAACCGGGUCCAGAUCCGAGCGCUGCAGGACUCCGGGGAGCGCUUUGGCCGUGGUGUGGUGGCUGGACUCGUGGAUGUGGGUGUGACCUGGCUGUGCCCCGCCUCCCUGCAGGGGGAGGAGCUACAGCACCUGGAGCAGUCAGCUGUUCUGAUUGGUCUGCAGGAAAAACACUUGACUUACCUGUCGAACCCUCGCUGGCUCAAAGAGCCGCUGAGGGCCCGGGGGGGUCGCGACCUCUGGACUGUGGAGAUCCCCGCUGAGCUGUUACCAUGACGACACAAGGUCAUGUGACCCAACAGAAGCAUCAUCAUCAGCUGGUGAAACAAACUUUAUUCAACACAGAGAGAUCCCAUCAAUAAACAGGGACUGGCCACGCCCCCUUCUCUGAUUGGCUGGUGGGCGUUACAAAGACAAAUUAAACUGACAUCGUAUAGCCACUUCAACAAACUAAACCAAUGACCUUUUGAACAGGAAGUGGUGCCAACGCCGCUACACAGGAACUUUUUUAGAACAUUAAAAUGUUUACUUUU